CUCAAAUCACUUCAAUCAGCUGGCCUGAGCACACGUAUCUAUCCCGUAUUCAUGUUUGUUUAGUCUGAUUCAAUACGUAAAAUCAUUCAGUCUCGUUUUUGGUACCACAGAAAAAUCCGAAACCCCAGUCGCUUUUAUUGAUUGCAAAUUCAAUCCGAAAUGACCCUCGAUUUGGACGAAUGUUACGAACAUGUUCUCGGACUGGUGGAACAAGCUGGCCAGAUCAUCGCAUCGAGGAACUAUGGCGAGAAAACGGUUGUGGAGAAAUCGAGUAACAUUGAUUUGUUAACCGAAACGGAUCAGCAAGUUGAAAGACUUCUGAUGGAUGGCAUUACUGGGAAAUAUCCCGAUCACAAGUUCAUUGGAGAGGAAGAAACUUCCGCUGGAAAGAAAGCAGAGCUGACCGAUGAUCCAACCUGGAUCAUCGAUCCGGUGGAUGGUACCAUGAACUUCGUUCACAGUUUUCCCCAUUCAUGCGUUUCGAUUGCGUUGCUCGUCAAUAAGCAAGCAGAAAUCGGAAUCAUCUACAAUCCGAUGGUGAAUCAGAAAUUUACGGCACGUAGAGGGAAAGGAGCAUUCAUGAAUGAAAAACAGAUUCGGGUGUCAGGUGAAACGCGUCUGGAGUAUGCUUUGGCGACAACCGAAUUCGGUACUAGCCGCGAUGAGGAAAGGACUGCCAUUGUGCUGGAGAACAUCGGAAAACUGGUUCGAGUUGUUCAUGGAAUGCGCAGUCUGGGGUCUGCCGCGUUGAACAUGGCUAUGGUGGCACUGGGUGGAGCCGAUUUCAACUACGAGUGCGGCAUCCAUGCUUGGGAUAUUGCUGCCGGGGAUCUGAUUGUCCGGGAAGCGGGAGGCGUCUGUCUGGAUCCGGCCGGAGGUCCUCUGGAUUUGAUGUCUCGCCGGGUACUGUGUGCCAGUUCCCAGGAGUUGGCCGAUAAAGUGGUUCCAUUGCUGACGCAGUACUAUCCCCAUCCGCGGGACUAAGCUUGUACCUGGGUAAACUGAAUUAUUAACGUACGUACGUACGCUGAACGAAUAGAAAAAUUUAGUUAAUUUGUACUUAUUUUCCGUACCGAUAGACGAUAAACCGUUCUAUGACUGUAGUUACCAGAGUAAACAGUGAAAAGUGGUGAAUGUUCAAACCGUAACUGUAGUAAGAUACAUGUAUAUUCAUAAAUAGGCCAAAUAAAUGUCGACAAUUCCAGAUAAUUCCCUAA